AUGUCUUAAGAUUAAGAAUUACUUACUAAGAUCAAAACUCUAGAAGAAAACAUUUAAAGUAGACAUCGACAAAUUGUUUAACUCACUGAUCAAGUCGAAGAAUUAUAAAGAGCUAUUUAAAAUAAUUCUGAAGUAUUUUAUAACUUCUAUAUUCAAUAGGUAGUUGAACUUAAUGAAAAAGUAAGAAUGCUUGAAUCUUAGAAUGUUAAACUUAUUGAAAAGAAUUAAAAUGAUGUUGUUGAAUGGAGAUCUAAAGAACGAGACUUCAAUGUAUAAAUCUUAUAUUUCAAAAUAUAGAAUCAAUUACAAGCAUUACAACGUAAAUUAGGUGAAGUUGAAUCUGAACUUACUGAGACUAAAGAAUUAAACAAACAAUUAAUUAACAAAUCAAGUGAAUCUUCUGAUCAAUAAUCACAGUUACAACAAAUUACAUCACAUUAUGAACAUCUUUUAACUGAAAGGGAUUUACAUAUCAAAUAACGUGAUGCUAAAAUUGCUGAAUAAGAUCUUAUUAUCAUUAAUUUAUAAAAAGAUUUAGCUCUUAUUUCUGAAAGAGAAUAGGCAUCUCGAAUCAUUCAAGAAUAAUUAAAUGAAUAACUUAAAAUUUUAGAAAAAAGAAAUAUUGAAUAUUCAUCAUAAAAUCAAAAAUUAGAUAUCAUGGCAGAUUAAAUCAAAUCACUUACUUUAUUAAAAGAUUAAUUAUAGAAUGAAAAUUCUACCCUUCAAUCUUAAUUAUAAGAAUUGACAUCUAAUAACUCUCAUUACUAAGUUUAAUUAUCAGAAUUACAAAAUAAAACUAAUAGAGAAGAAAAACUAAUCAUUGAAUUGUAAAAUACUCUAAAAGAUUCUUAAAAAGAAUAUAAAGAAGAAAUGACUAAAAUUAUGACCAUUAUAGAAAAAAUGAAAGAAAAAGUAAAUAAUAUAUAAUUAUCUAAGCAUUCUCAUGAAUAAGAAUAAUACAAAUUAAGAAUGCAUGAAAGAGAUGAUAUUUUAAAGGAAGCAAAAAAAUAAUUUGAAUUAACUACUAAAUAAUUUGAAAAGUAUUUUAUAUGUAAUUUUAUUCUAGAGAAAAUACUACUUUGAUUACUUAAAUUUAAUAAGCAUCUAAAUAAUAAGCAGAUCUUUUAAAGAAAAUUUCAGAUUUAGAAUUUAAACUUAGAGAACUUGAAUCCAAACUUUAAGAAAGUAAUCGUUAAUAUAUUAAAUAACUUGAACACUCUAAAUCCCUUGAUAUUGAAGUAAGUAAUACUAAAAUAUUUAGCUCAAAAAAACAAUCACUAAUUCUUAAAAAUUAUAAGAAUAAAUUAUUUUGAAAGAUGAAGAAAUGUAAAAAACUAAAUAAUUUUAACUUAAAUUACUUCAAGAAAAUUAAGAUUUAAAAUUAAAAUUAGAUAACUAUGCUUAAAUCAAUUCAAAAAGUAAAUCAAAUGAAUUAUAGAAUCUAAAAAACUAAUUAUCAGAAAAAGAUCAAGAAUUAGAAUUGUUAAGAUAACAAUAAAAAUCAUUAGCAACUCAAUUAAAAACUAGCUAAGGUUAUGUAACUAGAUUUAAAACUAGAGUUAAAUAAUUAGAAAUGGAUAAUACAGAAUUAUUAAAAUCUAAAAAUAACUUAGAAACACUAUUCCAAGAAAUCCUAGACUAAACUAAAUAAAAAUAAAAUAUUAAAAAUUUAUCUGCUCUUUCAAAUAAUCCUACUAAAUAUUAAAUGAAUCUUUUAUCCUAAAGAAAAAACUAUUUGCAAGAAAAUACAUCCACUCAUUCCUAAGAAAAUAGAUCAUCAAGUUAAAAGUCAAACAAUACAACUCCAAAUAAAGUUGCUAAAUCAGGUGAUGUUUCUUUUAAAAGACCUAUUCAAGUUAGUGGACAUAAAAAAUCAACUCAUUCAGGUUCUUAGGAAAAUAUUACUAUCAAAGAAUAAAAUGAACUUAAUGAAAUUAAAGAAUUAGAUGAAAGCUUAUAAUAAUAAACUAAACCAUAACCCUAAGAUCAUUCUUAAUAAGAAAUCAAAUAAGUUGAUAAUAUAGAAGAUACCUAGAAAGUAAUCGAAAAUAAAGAACCUCAUGAACAAUAAAUUGUAAAUGAACAAGAUAAUAAUAAUAAUGAAGAAGUUGAAGAUUUCCUUGAUGAAUAAAAUGAUCUUGAGUGA